UCUGGAAUCACGUUCCUAGAGGAUUAUAUGUAAAUGUUCAACUGCCUGAAUGCUAUGUUGACAAGUAGCUUACAGAACAAAGUUUUGCCAAAGGAACUUUGAGUCUUUUUUUUUUUUUAAUCCCGUAAUAUGUGAUUGCCAAACAUGCUUCCUGGUGAAUGAUGCCUUUAUUGACAUAAAGAGGUGGUGACCACAAACAAACCCCCCCCGACUUUGCCCGAUAUAAAUCUUCAGCUGUCCUUCACGUUUGGGACCCGAGCCCUCUCUCCGGUUUCAUGAAACCUCUUGCAGAAAUGAGAACAUACCUGUGUUUGGCUUUAGUGCUGAGUGCAGUGCUGUCACUGGCAAACGGCCACUGCUAUCCAAUUGAAGUGGAAGAAGGUGCAACACAAUGCCUGGAUCCGGCUGACAACUUAUGGCACCCUCAGGGAACAACUUGGAGGAACAGUGAAUGCAUGGAUUGUUCCUGCAGCGGUUGUUGCUCUGCGUACGGCGUUCCCACAGGCGUCCCUGAUGACUGCGUAUCAAUGCUUGACAAAGAGGCAUGUGAAUACAAAGUGUUCAAAAGGAAUGACCCGUCUAUUGAAUGUCCAUUUAGGGGUAUGGUUGGAAAGUGACGGAACAACAGCAUCGGUCAUUGACUCCUCUACAACAACAAUGAUAUUUGUGUGAUACUAUAUAUAAUCAAGGAUAUUUUGUGAAUUUUUGGCAGAAAGAAAAUGAUCAAAAGUGGAAAUGAAUAAAACAUCAAUUCCCUUUGGACAA